AUGGCUGGGAAAGACACCGCUGCUCCUGGUCCCUCUUCUCCUUCAACUUCAGCCAUUACAAAGUAUGAAGUUUUCUUGAGUUUCAGAGGGAAAGGCGUUGGAAAUCAUUUUGCCUCUCACUUGUACGAGGCGUUGUACAGACAAGGAAUUCACACUUUCAAGGAUAACGAAGAUCUUGGGAGGGGACAACUUAUUCCAGAUAAAGUCCGCCAAGCUAUUGUGCAAUCUCAGAUUGCCAUUGUUUUGCUCUCUAAAAGUUAUUUUUCUUCCUGGCGGUGUUUGGAGGAAUUGGUGACUAUCAUAAAUUCAAGCAGAAGCAACCAGGGUCAAAUAAUAGUUGUUCCAGUUUUUUAUGGCAUAGAUCCAUCACACAUACGACGUCAAAGAGGAAGCUUAGCGGCAGCUUUUGAGGAACAUGAAGCUAGAUGUUCAGUUGAUACAGUUCGAAGAUGGCGAGAAGCCUCAGCUAAGAUUGCUGAUUAG